AUGAACACAACGGCAACCGGCAAAAUAAAUUUCAAAUAAAAUUUAUUAAGAUGAAGUUUACAACACUAAUUAUAUUAAUAGUCUGCUUUUACGUAGCGAUAGCUAGUAAAAUAUCAGAUGAAUUUCCACAAAAAUCAGAAAAAUGUUUUCAACAAGAACGCGUGCCUCAAGACUUAAAGGCCAGUUUUCAAUCGUUUCAAUAUCCUAAUCGAGAUAUUGUACACAAAUACAUACAUUGUGUUAGUACCGAAUUAGAUAUUUGGGAUAAUACGAAUGGUUUUAAUGUGGAAAAAAUCUCUCAACAAUAUCGUGGUCGUGCCAAUGAUGAAUUAGUUAUUCCUGUCAUUUCGAAAUGCAAUUUGGAUAAUCAGAAUCGUAAUAAGGAAUUGUGGUGUUAUCGCUCAUUUUUAUGUAUUUUAAAUACUCAAGUGGGAGACUGGUUUAAGGAGGAUGUACGUCGUAGACAGCCGGCUAAUAUACCAAAUGGUCAUCAUUGAGAAUGAAAUUUAAGUGUGAAUUAUAAAUUGAAAAGUUUAUUGGAAAGUGAAUUUAAUAAAGAUUUUAAAUGUAAUAAUAAAA